CACCAAUACGCACAACCGACAACAGGAACGAAGACAACAACCAGCAACAAGCAAAAGACAACCAUAGCAAAGACCACAGUAACGGGCCCCAACCGGAUCGCACAACCAAGUCAAGCAAGCAACCAAGUCAAGCAAGACAAAGCGAGUGCUGACUUGAAUCAACGGACUGCCAGGGAUGCCUGCGCCGUGGAGAAGAGAACGUGGGGGCCGUGGUGGAAGAGGAGGAGGAGGAGGAGGCGGCAGAGGGGGACAUCGAGGGCGCGGGCGUGGGAGCAGGGGCGGCGGAGGCAACCAACGAGCACCCAAGCACGUGGCGCCACAGCCUGAGCCUGAACUACAGCAGGCAGGUGACCCAACGCGCGCGGGGCUGGAAGGGAGAGAACACAGCAUCGCGUUUGAGGAUGUCGUUCAGGACAGCGCCAGUGUCCGCUUUGCACCUGAACAGGCACUGUCCAGCCAGGCAGAUGACGAGGCCGGGUUCAAGCAGCUGUUGGAUCACCCGCUCUUGCGCGUGGAGCCUGCAGACUUUUCCAACAUUUCAACAGUGGGGUUUGAGGACAUUGCGCGAAUCGACACCGAAUUCUUGGAUCCACAACUCCUCAAAUCACUCCACGCAAGUGCCACAGGUGGCAAGAAACAGCAACCAGCCACAAUCAACACACGUGCAGACCCUGCACACACCACGGCGUCGGCGCCACCUUCUGUUUCAGCAAAACAACAACAACAACAACAACAACAACAACAACAACAACAACAACAACAACAACAACAACAACAACAACCAGAGGCUGCAGUGGCUGCAGAUGAAGGCGAGGAAGACGAAGAAGACUUGGAAGAGUGGCUUGAUUCCGUAUUGUGAGCGCUGCGAUCUUGCUUGCUGAUCGGUGGUACAACUUGGCAGGCCUUCCUCCCCUUGCUGUAAGUGUACAGCCACAGCUGCGAAUUAAGCAACGUGCGCGUGCACACUGCGCCUUGGUGUCUCCUCACGCUGUUGUGAUGUGCCUCGCCGAAUCGCUGUGCACAGGCAUCUGGGCGUGUGAUUUAGAGCAAUGUAUGUUAUAUGUGUAACUCAGGCCAGUAACCAUCAACCAAUAGAACCUAUGGGAACAUACAUGAAAAC